AUGUUCGUCGACCCCAACAAGAAGCAGGAGCUGCUUGGCGGCGAAUCACCAAAGAUCACACGUGCAUUGCAGCUCCGUUUUGCAGGCGACUGGGGCCAGGCAAACUUUCACCGCAUCUGCUCCUGGCUCACACAGGAACUCUGCGAUCGAGCAGGCCGUGGAUCCUCGGUGACAAUAAAGAGUCUGCCUGAUGGAGGAGUAUCAGCGGCUAAAGACCUGUACCUCGGACAGCUGGACCUCUGCCUCAUCACGCCAAGCGGCCAUACUCCUGCAGCGUUAAACGGCACUGGAAUGUUUGCAGCUGCUGGCUCAAUGCCAAGCUUGCGGGCUCUUGCUGUUCUACCUCAGAGAGAUAGAAUGGUUCUGGCCGUACAUCCUCGAUAUGGAGUGCAAACGUGGGCAGAUAUUCAUCGAGUAAAGCCGCCGAUGAGACUGGUCACUUCGACAGACGACGGGACCAGUACUAUAGGAUAUCUUGCCGCGAAGUACCUCGAAGCGCACGGGCUAGAUCGGGAUGUUCUGAAAUCAUGGGGAGGAGAACUCAUCGACGGAGGAUAUCGCCCUGAUACGUGCGUCGACAAAGUCGCGAACGGCGAGGCCGACUGUCUACUGCAGGAGGCAAUCAUGACUCCUUGGUGGCGGAACUUGAUUGAGAGCGGCCUAUUGACUCCUGUCUCUGCGGAACCCGCUGCCCUGGAAAACUUAAAAAGGGAGCUUGGGUUGGGAGCUGCCACAGUGCGUGCCGAUUUCUGGGAAAAUGUGCCACAGGAGACCCUAGGCAUGGACUUCUCAGACUUUGCCAUUGUUGUGCGAGACGACAUGCCUGAUGAUGUCGCAGGUCUUCUGACUUGGAUUCUUGUCAACAAAAGAAAUGUUUUGGAAUCGCAGUACAGUCACAUUCCCCCGGAGCGCAGCCCUCUGACCUGGCCCCUGGAUCCGAAGGCUAUGGCUCGAACGCACCUCCCUCUCCAUCGAGCGGCAAAGCAAUUUUAUGAGACUGCCGGGCUCAUCUGA